CUAACAGCAAAGUUUAAAUAUUUUAUUUAAUUUUAACAUAAAGUUUUGAUUUUUGAAAUGCAGGUUCAUAAGAAUUAAUAAUGUUACUAUUAUUGUCUCCUCACAUAAACACAUAACUCUAUCUCUCCUUUUUAUGUAGCUUGUCCACUUGCUACUAACUAAAACUAGUAAUUCAAAUACAUGGGUUCCUGUCUCUACUACUAUUAACUUCACUCUCUCUUCUUCUACUUCAAAAGAUUCUUCCUUUUUAAAUUUUGCUGACCGUUUUAUGUCAUCAUUUCUUCUCUUUCAAACUCAAAAUUAAAAUUCUGGGUGUAUCUGAAUUUCUCAGGAAUUAAUCUGGGUUGCUCUCAAAAAGAUCAAAUCUUUAAUAUUUAUGGUUAAUUUUAUUAGAGAGAGAAAGAGAAGGUGAAGUUUGAAGAUCAAGCUAUAGUGGUGGUUACUUUUGUAUUGAGAUAAAGUUACAAGCUUCUUGUAUUUUUUGAUUCUUAAAGUUUCUGCUGAUCAAUUGAUUAAUCAAAGUUGGAGUUAGUAAAAAGCGGUGCUAUGGUGGAAGAGAAAGGUCAGGGUAGUUUGGUGGAUGAUCAGACAGCUGAGCAAUGGCUAUUACAUGCCCAGGAGUUGGUUCCUGUGGCACUUAAUAAAGCAAGACAGGUUAAGGGAUUUCCGGGGAGAUGGAAGAUGAUCGUAUCGAAAUUGGAACAAAUCCCUUCUCGUUUAUCGGAUUUGUCUAGUCAUCCUUGCUUCUUGAAGAACACACUGUGUAAGGAGCAGUUGCAGGCUGUUUCGAAGACGAUGAAUGAGGCAAUUGAGUUAGCUGAUAUGUGUAUUGAAGAGAAGUAUGAAGGGAAGCUACGUAUGCAGAGUGAUCUUGAUUCAUUGUCAGGGAAAUUGGACUUGAAUCUUCGAGAUUGUGGUCUGUUGAUCAAGACCGGGGUACUUGGUGAAGCUACGAUGCCUUCAGUUUCGUCGAGUUCCUCAUCAUCUGAAUCUGAUCAGAAAGCUCAUGUCAAUAUAAGGGAGUUGCUUGCUCGCCUUCAAAUCGGGCACUUGGAGGCAAAACAUAAGGCUCUUGACACUCUUGUUGAGAUAAUGAAGGAGGAUGAAAAGAAUGUAUUAUCUGUUCUUGGAAGAAGCAAUAUUGCUGCCUUGGUGCAGCUUCUCACAGCAACUUCUCCUAGAAUUCGGGAGAAAACUGUAACUGUUAUAUGCUCAUUAGCAGAAUCAGGAUCCUGUGAGAAUUGGUUGGUUUCGGAAGGAGUUCUUCCGCCUCUUAUAAGGUUAGUAGAGUCAGGCAGUUUAGUAGGAAAAGAGAAGGCCACAAUUUCUCUCCAAAGGCUAUCAAUGUCAUCUGAAACAGCUCGAGCCAUUGUUGGGCAUGGAGGGGUUAGACCCUUGAUUGAAAUGUGCAGAGCAGGAGAUUCUGUGUCACAAGCCGCGUCUGCCUGCACGUUGAAGAACAUAUCAGCUGUUCCUGAAGUAAGGCAAACCCUUGCCGAGGAAGGGAUUGUUAAAGUCAUGAUCAAUCUUCUUGAUUCUGGGCUUUUAUUAGGAUCCAAAGAAUAUGCAGCUGAAUGCUUGCAGAAUCUCACUGCAAGCAAUGAAGCUCUCCGAAGGUCGGUUAUUUCUGAAGGGGGGAUUAGAAGCUUAUUGACUUACCUAGAUGGGCCUUUACCUCAGGAAUCUGCUAUGGGGGCAUUGAGAAAUUUAGUAGCAUCUGUUUCGAUUGAGUUACUUGAAUCACUCGGAUUUCUCCCAAGAGUAGUCCAUGUUUUAAAAUCUGGAUCAGUGGGGGCUCAGCAGGCUGCUGCAUCAGCUAUUUGUAAGGUUUGCAACUCGACUGAGGUUAAAAAGAUGGUGGCUGAAGCUGGGUGUAUCCCAUUACUUAUUAAGAUGCUCGAGGCCAAGACGAAUGGUGCUAGGGAGGUUGCUUCACAGGCACUUUCGAGUUUGAUGACACUUUCCCAUAAUUGUAGGGAAGUGAAGAAAGAUGACAAGAGUGUUCCAAAUUUGGUUCAAUUACUAGAUUCAAACCCCCAGAAUUCGGCCAAGAAAUAUGCAGUGUUGUGUCUGCUUUGCCUCUCAUCGAGUAAGAAAUGCAAGAAACUCAUGGUGUCAUAUGGUGCAAUCGGGUAUCUAAAAAAGCUGACAGAGAUGGAUGUUCCUGGUGCCAAGAAACUGCUCGAACGUUUGGAAAGAGGGAGACUGAAGAGCAUGUUCAGCAGGAAAUGAGGCCAGAGCUACGUAAGUUUGCAUCGUAUUACUCCGCUUUUUAGCAUAUGAUGGCCUGGUUUCAUAACCUAUAUGAAACAGCAGUUGUUAAAUUAGCUAAUUAAGCAAAAGUAUUAUAUGUCUGACCAUGUUUAACCAUGUACUAUAUUGUAUGCAUUAGUAUGUGUGCCUUCUUAGAAUUAUUUAUAGUAUGGUAUUCAAUCCUGGAAGAAAGUUUCCAGUCAUAGCAAUUUAUCUUGAGCUAUUCACUUGCAUUGUUUGCCUACUUGAACUGUAUCGACUGUUUCAUUGUAUAUCUCGUCUUUAAGCAGGUAAUUAGACGAAAGCUCAAUCAGUUUAUGUUGGUAAAUUAUAAUCUGCUAAUUUAUUACCAUUUGGUAAUAAAAUGUUUGACAGUGUAAUUAGUAUGUCUUUGUUGAAAGUUGGUCAAAGAAAACAAUUCUAAACCCUGUGUAAGAUUCUGAGGUUUAAUCAUUAUUCUGGUGCUUUAUACUCA